UUAUGUGAACAGAUAGUACCAAAAUGAGCGGCUGGCGGACAAAGGCAGAUCUCCUGAGGGACAUUGGUGAGGUGAACGGGCGCCGGACUGGGAUUGAGGAUCUGGACCAACAUGUAGUGGCCGGGGAACGGCCUCCGCCUAUUCGCUAUGAAACACCCAAUGAGGAUGAGAUGAGCUACUUCUUCAGAGGCCACGGACCGUCCGCAGACGACGGCACGGGCCCAGACCUGGCCGGCAUCUCGAACAUGCUCAAAAUGGUGAGCAAUUUGGAGGAUACAAGAGAUAAUAACGAGCCAAUGACUCUAUUCCGAAAUAGAGCAACAGAUGAAAUUAGCAUAAGCAAGCUAAACCCUCACGCUGGAGAAUAUGUCCCAGGCAGUGGCUUUAACUCUAAUAGAAAUGUUCCAAAGUAUUCUCCAAAGAAAAAUAAUAAUUUUCAUGGAUCUAAAGCUAAGCUAAGGAUAGCUAAUGAAAAUGUAGCUCCAUCUCAAUCAAAUGUUAAUGGAACAAAACAGAAUGGACUACCAAUGUUUAAUAAUAAUAUGUUUAAGAGCAAAAGUGUUAAAGAUUCACAAGAAGAUAGAAUAAAUGCAACUACUUGCGAAACUAAAAAAGAAAUACCGACAUUUAAUAAUAUCAAUAUGUUUAAGAGCAAAAGUAUAAAAGACGUUCCAGAACGCAAUGAAACAGCUAACGCAAAUAUAAAGUCUGUGCAACCUGAAUCACAAACUAAUCAGGAAGAACAAAUAAUAACACCAAAAGUAAAUUUACUAGCAAAUGGUCUUCCAAAGAGACAAAUAGAAAAACCUAAAUCAGAAGAAAUAAAAGAGCUACAAGAGAAAGUAAAAUCCACGAUCAUAGCAUCAUCGGCUGACAAUUCACUAAAAACCAAAAGGCAGAAAAACGUCGCUAUAGCAACUUUGCUUAAACUUGGUGUUGUUCCUGAUGAAAAACCAGUGAAGCUUAUAAAGCCGGAAUAUUUUGAGACGCCUCCAACUGUUGAAAAACAAAUUGAAAAUGAAGUUAGUGAAGUAAAGGAAAUGCCUUCAACAUCAAGCAGCGAAACUAAUGUUAAUUAUGUAGAUCAGGAUUCAAUAUCAAAAGUAAAUGGGUGGUUUAAUAGUAUGGAGUGUCCGAAGCCUAAGCCACAGUUGCAGGAGCCUUUGGUGUUAAAGGAUUGUAUCACGUUUAAAAAGAAGACGGCUUCGAGCGUCACAUCUCGCAACACGUCAACAAGUGCCACGGAACCCACCAAAGACCGCGAAACCAAGUCCUUCAAGCCGUCGGACUACGCCAGCGAACUUUUAAAGAAAUACGAGACCAACGCGCAACAACAGGUGACCUUGAACGAGGACUUGGGGACCCGGCUUGAGAGGCAGCUGAGGGAACGAGAUGAAGUGGUUAGGCAGAAGAUGCUGGCUCGACAGAACGCUGGUUAAUAUGAGGUACGGAAGUGAAUGAAUUUUGCGCAAUGAAACGACGAAAUCGGAAAAUAUGGAUUAAUUAUUAUUAUUAUACAAAUAGUAGCAAAAUUUUAUUUUAACAAUACUUUUGUAUUUGAUAUUUUAUAAUUUUUAAUUAAUUAGGUUUUAAAUUUAAAUGCAUUAUUUCAAGGCUCAGAAUGGAACCGGUUUUUUUUAAACCCAAUAUUAUACAUAUUACCCAAUAUUUUUAAUUAUGUUAUGCUCUUUACGCACUGAAUCAACGAAAGAACGAAAAGGAACGUAAUAAUGCCGGUAUUUUUUGUAUGAAAAAGAACCAGUUCCUAGACAUUAUGCUACAAAAACAAUGAAUGUAAUAAUAGUAAUAUUUCGUACAGAAUUCGAAUAUACUUACAUUUUGUAUUUUUUAAUGACACAACCUUUAUGGUAAGAACGGUUAAAUAUAAUUAUAAUUGAACAAUUAUUUUAAUUAAAUACUCCGUAGUAAUUAUAGAUAACUCGGUGAUUUUAUAUAAACAGGUAAUAGUAGUUUGACUGUGAGUGCUACAUAAUGAAAUCCAUCCAAAUACGAGUGUGGGUUUACAUCACACGUAAUAGUAAGUAAUUAAUGUAAUUAUGUAGGUAGGUAUACCGGGUGUGGCCUGUAAUAUGAGCAAAAAAUUAAACUGUAGGCUGUACUCCUCAUACUGACUAACAUUUGUUCAGCGACUUUUAAAAAUAACUUGUGGUUUGAGUUUUAAUACACAAAGACGCAAUGUAUUGCGAAUUUUGUUUUGUUUAACGCGUGACAAGCAACGUCAAUCACAAUGAUAUGGCGUGGCGAUGGCGUCCAUUGAAGAUAAUAUUUAUUUUGUAUGAAAAAUAGGAGGUCUAAAUAAUUCAUAAUUUUUAAAAGUUGUAGAACAAAAGUGUCACCGUUUGAGGAGUAGAAUCUAUGUUUUAAUUAUUUGUAUUUGUAGUAGUCAUGUAGGCCACACCCCGUAUAUUAUUGAUGCCAUUAUUACUGACACUUUCUUUAAGUAUACCUACGCAAACUAUUUUGUUUUAAUGUUGACAAUGUUUUUAUUAUUAUAAAAAUAUUAUUUAAGAAAUUAAUAUCAAAUUAUGUACCUAGAGUUAGACCAAGAAAAGUCUGCAGAAAUUUAACAACACUCGCAGUACAGGUGUUACUUUAAUUUAAACGCUUAACUUCUAUGAAUGUAUGUCGUAUAAAUGACACUUGCACUGCGUAUGCUCUCAAAAUCUCUGUAGACUUUUCUUGGUCUGACUCUAAGACAAAUUGAAGCCUGUAUUCAAGUAUUUUAGCCAGAUCUGAAAUUAUACAAAUGUAUCAUUCUAAAAUGUUGAUUUUCUAUGUUCAUAAAUCAUUAGAGUUAUCAGUCAAUAUUUUUUUACUAGGCAAAACAAAGAGCGGUAAAGGUCAUGACAAAACCCAAAAUUGAAUGGCACGUAAAAGCACUCUAAAAACAUCUGUCACUCGUAUAUUUCUUCAACUUUACUGUUGGAAUUCGACACGAGGUCCUUAAAAUUCCUGAACUAUUGACUGCAUACUUUGCUAUACUAUAGUAGACCUUAACUCGUUGCAACUAAGGUUCAAAAUUGUCAUCAAUUAUAGAAUGAGUGUUUUGUUCCCACCCUUCAAUUGUUUUAAGUUAUCAUUUUUUCUGGAACCACAUUUGUGGGAAUGAGAUAAGAUAACACUGUUUACAGCAGAAUAGAUGAAAUUUCCCACGGGUAAAGGUAUCGGCGCGGCGGUUGCAUAAUCUCCCUUAUUCAUAAAACUUUACGGGUCUCAUUAUGUUUUAUCCCUUUCUUACACACGGAUAAGUCAAAAUGACAUAUAAAGACUAACGAUUAUUGGCUAAAUGAGGCUUGUAACGCGUUUAUGGGGGGUUAAUGUAUAUACCAAAAUAAUAUUUCAUAAUAAUUCGUAUUACAUGUCACAAUAUUCAGUAUUUACAAAAUAAGAUUUGUGACAUUUCACAUAAUUAAUACUUAUACAAUUUUAAGAUUAAAUUAAAAUCUAAGUUUAGGUACUUAUUUUGUACUCCAUAAACUCAUUAAGGGCUGAUUUACACGGCGCAGAAACUCGCAUGCGAUUUUAGUUACAUUGUGGACUGUUUUACGGUUACGUCCAAAUUCAACCGAUCAAAACCCGCAAUGUAAUGAAACUCGCAUGCGAGUUCUCGCAUCGUCUAAAUGGGCCCAAGCUCAAUAAAGCAAAUAAUGUGUUUAUUAUAAGAGUAAAGUAAGAAUAAGAGUGUGUGUGUAUGUGUGUUUGUAGGACUGCCGAGUUUCUUGCGGCGUUUCUUCUCGGCGAAUACGGUCUUUUCCGAAGCGCUAGUAGGUUAGAAUGAUCGGACAUGUAAUUGUAAUACUUUUGACCGCCGUUUUUAUUUUCUAAAAAUGUCACGCACAUGCUAACAUCGUUUGUUGCUUUGUUUACUGUUUUGUAAACUUUUGUGUAGCCCAGAUACUAAUGAUAGGUACUAUUUAUUUACUAAAAUGUUCAUUUGACUUGAUUUGGUGCGUCCCUUAAUGUUCAUUUGACGUGAUUUGGUGCGUCCCUUGUAAGUUGAUUAAAAAAAGUUCUAGGCAAUUAAAAAAAAAUCUUGGCAAUUAAAGGGUUAAUGAAUUACAUGAAUGAAUGCUUGUUUUUAAUGUUAAUUAUAGGAUAAUAUUGAGAAAAAUGUAUUUAAUCUUUUAGUAGCAUAUUAGUUAUUUACGAUACAAGUGCGGAAAAGAGGAAAUUGACUAUUCGUACAUGUAUCGUAUAAUAUAUUAUACAACGUUUUACAGUACAUAUGGCCCUUUGACAUACGCACGAAAAGUGCUAUUUUACGCACUAGUGCGGGAAAAUAAGACCAUAUGAUAUGUACUGUAAAAUAAUUAUACGCUAACGUCUACGUAACUUGACACUGUCAGUAACUCUUGGUAAGGGUACUUAUCGUACCUAUAGAUUUAUUUUUGAGUAUCCGUAACUUUGAUGUCAAAUGAUGAUACUUUUAGAGUAGGUAUAGUACUUAAGUUUUAAGUGAAAUUGUAUUUUUUACUUUUUAUAUUUCGUCGUGUAAAUGUGCCUGUUCAAAGCGCCGCAGUUUUUAAAAUUGACGUGUAAAGGUGUUCUAAUUAAUGUACGAGGCGGUAAUAAAGUGUUAUUUCCUCUAUG